CCAGUUCAGCUCCUCAUCCUCUCAAUUUAACAAAGGAAUUGAUUUGACCAACGCCUCAUUCGCACCAAAAAACUCCGUUAUUCUGCACAUCUUUGCUACACCACCUAUACGUAUAUCCUCCUAUAUACGUAUAGGCGCGGAUUUUGUAUGUGUUGGUUGGUGGUGACGAUGAUUGUGUGAUGGAACAGAAGCACGUAUUGUUGUCGGCAUUGGGCGUUGGGGUAGGAGUCGGCCUCGGCUUGGCCUCCGGUUCCACGCUUAGCCGAUGGACCGCCGCCGCCGCCGAAGAUGGCAUCUCCGCCGAGGGGAUACAGCUGGAGCUUCUUAGAUUGGUUGUCGAUGGAAAGAGCUGCGGAGUUACCUUUGACGAGUUUCCAUAUUAUCUCAGUGAGCGAACGCGUCUCUUGUUAACAAAUGCAGCAUAUGUUCAUCUGAAACACUUAGAUGUCUCUAAGCACACUCGAAAUCUGUCUCCUGCAAGUCGUGCUAUAUUGCUCUCGGGGCCUGCAGAACCAUACCAGCAAACGCUUGUUAAGGCUCUAGCUCAUCAUUUCGAUGCCAAGUUGCUGCUCCUCGAUAUGGCCAACUUUUCACUUAAGAUCCAAAGCAAGUUCGGUAGCACCAAGAAAGAGACUUCUCUGCAGAGGUCCAUCUCUGAAGUCACAUUUGAACGAGUGUCCAGUUUUCUUGGUUCAUUCUCUGCGCUUCCUUCAAGAGAGGAUGACAGAGAAGUCAAAAGUUCUCUACAGCAUCGGAGAGCUUCCUCUGUCUCUUCAGAUAUGAGCAGCAUCAGUUUCCAGUCAUACUCUUCAAGUGCAGCUCCUUCAAAACGCAUGAACUGGAGUUUUGAUGAGAAGGUUUUCAUGCGGUCACUUUAUAAGGUGUUGGUUUCAGUUUCUGAAAUCAGCUCUAUAGUUCUAUACAUUCGGGAUGUUGACAAGCUCUUUCUCCAAUCAUCUCGACUAUAUAAGAUGUUUGAUGGAAUGUUGAAGAAAUUAUCAGGACCAAUCUUGGUCCUCGGUUCUCGGAUGUUGGGCCUUACUGAGGAAUCUAGGAUAGUAGAUGAACGAAUUAGUCUAUUAUUCCCUUACAAUAUCGAGAUCAGACCCCCGGAAGAUGAAACACAUCUUCUGAGUUGGAAAGCUCAGCUCGAAGAGGAUAUAAAGAAGAUCCAGUUUCAGGAUAACAAGAAUCACAUUGCUGAGGUACUUGCUGCAAAUGAUCUUGAGUGCGAUGAUUUAGGAUCCAUCUGUCAUGCUGACACCAUGCUGCUCAGUAACUACAUCGAGGAAAUCGUAGUUUCUGCCGUAUCAUACCAUUUGAUGUCUAGCAAGGAUCCCGAGUAUCGUAAUGGGAAGCUUCUCAUAUCAUCAGUCAGUCUGGCCCAUGGAUUAAGCAUUUUUCAAGAGAGGAAGAGGGGUGGUAAAGAAACCCUUAAAAUGGAGAGCAAUGUUGACUUAUUCAAGAAUGCUGCUGAAUCAAAACCUGAAGCAAAGUCGGACAACAAGAGUGAGCCGGAAAAAUUAACCUCUUCAACAAAGAGUGAUGGUGAGAAUGCAUCAGUCAGCAAGGCCCCGGAAGUACCUCCAGAUAAUGAAUUCGAGAAGCGAAUUAGGCCAGAAGUCAUCCCUGCAAAUGAGAUUGGAGUAACAUUUGCUGAUAUUGGAGCUCUGGAUGAGAUCAAGGAAUCACUUCAGGAGCUGGUGAUGCUUCCUCUUCGAAGACCAGACCUAUUCACCGGUGGGCUUCUCAAGCCUUGCAGAGGCAUACUGCUGUUCGGCCCUCCCGGGACAGGAAAAACAAUGCUAGCAAAAGCCAUUGCUAAUGAAGCCGGUGCUAGCUUCAUAAAUGUCUCAAUGUCAACAAUCACUUCGAAAUGGUUCGGGGAAGAUGAAAAGAACGUUCGAGCUCUCUUCACGCUUGCAGCCAAGGUCUCUCCUACCAUAAUUUUUGUAGAUGAGGUAGAUAGCAUGCUUGGGCAGAGGACAAGAGUAGGAGAGCACGAGGCAAUGCGGAAAAUAAAAAACGAGUUCAUGUCACAUUGGGAUGGGCUAAUGACAAAGGCCGGGGAGCGGAUACUUGUUCUUGCAGCGACUAAUAGACCAUUUGAUCUUGAUGAAGCCAUUAUUAGGAGGUUCGAGCGCAGAAUUAUGGUCGGCCUACCUUCGGUGGAGAACAGAGAAAUGAUAUUGAGAACACUGCUAUCCAAGGAAAAAGUGGAAAACCUAGACUUCAAAGAACUUGCAGUCAUGACAGAAGGCUACAGUGGAAGUGAUCUAAAGAAUUUGUGCGUAACAGCAGCUUAUCGGCCAGUCAGAGAACUCAUACAGCAGGAGAGAGAGAAGAAGGAUAAGGAAAAGAAGCAGAUAGAUGCAGGGGAGAGCUCUGAAGAUGCUUCUGCUUCCAAAGAAGAAACUCAAGAGGAAAAAACAAUAUCGUUGAGGCCCUUAAACAUGGCAGACUUCAAGCAGGCGAGGAAUCAGGUUGCUGCUAGUUUUGCUUCCGGGGGUUCCAUAAUGGCCGAGCUUAAGCAAUGGAACGAUCUAUAUGGAGAAGGAGGUUCGAGGAAGAAAGAGCAGCUAUCUUACUUCCUCUAGAGCAUCACAAGUUUGCGUUUCAAAACAUUCGCCGGAGUUGGUCUGCAUCAGCCUCGAAAGAUUAUGAAUGUUUUGGUUCGUGUUGGAUUUUGCAGUUUUGACAUGCAUAUUAUGGAAGAAGGUAGGCUCGGAUAUAUCUAUCAGCAACUGCUAGAGCUCGGCAUCAAGAAGGCUUGUUAAGGCAACUGUUAUUUUGUAGAGUUUAGUGUCAUCCCGCAUCAAUGUAAAUAAAUCCUUGUCUACAACUUCCAUGCGAAUUUAGCCGAUUUGUUAUUCAUUUUUAUUGUGAUUUUGCCUGUAAUAGUAUGAAAUAUCAGAUUUGUCAUAAUUAUGGCUUUGAAGAAUGUGUUGGUUUCGAUUA